AUGACAUUCAAUCAUGAUGAUCUCUUUGUCAGGCUGUCAGGCUGUGGAGUCACAGAGGAAGGCUGUGCUUCUCUGGUCUCAGCUCUGGUCUCAAACCCCUCACACCUGAGAGAGCUGGAUCUGAGUAACAAUGACCUGAAUGAUUCAGGAGUGAAGCUGCUCUCUGCUGGACUGGGGAAUCCCCACUGUAAACUGGAGACUCUGAGGCUGUCAGGCUGUCUAGUCACAGAGGAAGGCUGUGCUUCUCUGGUCUCAGCUCUGGAGUCAAACCCCUCACACCUGAGAGAGCUGGAUCUGAGUAACAAUGACCUGAAGGAUUCAGGAGUGAAGCUGCUCUCUGCUGGACUGGGGAAUCCCCACUGUAAACUGGAGACUCUGAGGCUGUCAGGCUGUCUAGUCACAGAGGAAGGCUGUGCUUCUCUGGUCUCAGCUCUGAGGUCAAACCCCUCACACCUGAGAGAGCUGGAUCUGAGUAACAAUGACCUGAAGGAUUCAGGAGUGAAGCUGCUCUCUGCUGGACUGGAGAAUCCCCACUGUAAACUGGAGACUCUGAGGCUGUCAGGCUGUCUAGUCACAGAGGAAGGCUGUGCUUCUCUGGUCUCAGCUCUGAGGUCAAACCCCUCACACCUGAGAGAGCUGGACCUGAGCUACAAUCACCCAGGAGACUCAGGAGUCAGACUGCUCUCUGCUGGACUGGAGGAUCCACACUGCAGACUGGAGAAACUCAAUGUGGAACAUGGUGGAGAGUACACAAUGAAUCCUGGGAUUAGAAAGUAUGUCUGUGAUCUCACACUGGACCCAAACACAGUAAACAGACUCCUCUCUCUCUCUGAGGAGAACAGAAAGGUGACAUGUAGGAGAGAGGAGCAGCCGUAUCCUGAUCACCCAGAGAGAUUUGAGGACUGUGAACAGGUGCUGUGUAGAGAGGGUCUGACUGGGCGCUGUUACUGGGAGGUAGAGUGGAGUGGGAGAAGAGCUGAUAUAGGAGUGACAUAUAAAGGAAUCAACAGGAGAGGAAGGGGUGAUGAAUGUUGGCUUGGAUACAAUGACAAGUCCUGGAGUCUGUUCUGCUCUGACAACAGUUACGCUGCCUGGCACAAUAGUAACGACACUACCAUAGACGUCCGCCCCUCCAGCUCCCACAGGGUAGGAGUGUAUCUGGACUGGCCAGCCGGUACUCUGUCCUUCUAUAGAGCCUCCUCUGACACACUGACCCACCUGUACACAUUCACCUCCACAUUCACUGAGCCCCUCUAUCCAGGGUUUGGGGUUUAUAAUGUUGACUCCUCAGUGUCCCUGUGUCAGAGACACUGACACACACUGGACACACACACACUGGACACACACACACACACACACACACACACACUGGACACACACACACACACACACACUGGACACACACACACACACACACGGUCUCCAUGUGUUUGAUUAUAUAAUUUACUGUAUUAAUAAAUGAGGAGAGUUUACAAACCA